GUGCUGUGGGCUUGUUUGGGUUUUGACUAGGUGUCUGGCAUAGUAAGAGUCUCAUCUAUCUCGGUCAUUCCUUGGUUAUGCCAGGCAUGUUUCAAAUGAUAUUGAGGGGAUGAGAAUAGAGAAAGACCUUGAGCUUGACCAAAAAGAGAGUGAGAGAGAAAAGAGUUGCAUAUUCAGGUCAAGUAGGGAUCAAAAACAGGAAAUCAAGAAAUUGUUAGAAUAAAAUUAAACUUCUGUAUCUUAUGGGCCAAUGACCUUUGCUGGAUUUCUAGCCAACUCUUCAUUAGCAAAGUCAAUAAGAAGGAGGACUUCAGAGUCAGAAUGAGGUUCAAGCCUAGUUCUAGAAUUAAUUGAAUGACUUUGUGCUAGUUAAGUAUCAUGUAAGCUUAGCUUUCUCAUGUAAAGUGGGAGUCAUGUAAUAUUUUCUGUUUUGUAGGGCUGUUUUGAGGAUUAGGUGAUAAAAUUCAUCUGAAACAAUUAGCAUAGUGUAUUUCAUGGUAUAAGCCUUCAUUAAAAGCAGCUAGUCACUAAACAUAUAGGAAUACAGGCAAAAUCUAUUCUCUAAAAGCAUUCUAGGACAGUAAUAAAUAGAAAAUAAACCAAUAGGAUGGAAAGACAGAAGAAACAGUGAAACAAAACUUAGUGAUUGCCUGCCAACUUGAUCAUUAGAUUAAGUUGGAAUAGAAUAAUUCUGAUUUGUAUGCUAUUUAUUGGUUACUAAUAAAGUAUAAUGAUUAUAGAGAGAAUAACAUUAUGGGAGUUUAACUAGGGGAAAGUAUCACCUGGGUCUUCUUUUUCUUUGUCUUAGGCCUACUCCAGGUUUUGCAUUUAUCUGUGUAAAUUGACAUUUAAAAAAAGUAGAGAAGGAAAAGUUUUCAUAUCGAACAUUAUCAUAAUGAUGGAUCUUUUGAUUCAUAAUGACCCAAAAUAUCAGGUUUGCUAAAUAAAAAUUCUACUUUUGAUUUUAGGAUCAGAGCAUAUACAUUUACACAUACAUUUUUUAUAAAUUGAAUUUUAAUUAAACUCACAAUUAAAUAAUUGAUUUAAAGAAUGUUGCUAUUCUACCCACAGCUAUAGACUAGCACCUAAAUAUCACUUUCCAAAUCAGUUUGAAGAUGUGUAAUGCAGUAAGGUGGUUCUUAUGCCAAGAUAUUCUUAGCAAAUACGGUAUAGAUCCUGAAAGAACUGGUAUUUCUGGAGACAGUGCUGCAGGGAAUUUGGCUGUAGCAGUGACUCAACAGGCAUUUAGAGAAGAAAUUGCACCAAUCAACUUAAAAGUUAAAACAGUAAAUGAUUUAUCCAGUAAGCUAUCUCCACUUGACCUACAUCCAUCUCUAAAGAUGUCUCGCCAGCUAGAUGACCUUAAUAGCGAUGGAAACUUUUGCAGGGGGAAAGAGCUGUUCCCGGCUUCCCAGCUGCUUUGCCUGUCUCCAGUGCCAGAACCAGUGGGCCGAGCACACAGAUAUAAGCUUUCGUCUUGGAGCAGCAGGAUAUGGAUCCCUGCUUUCCACAAACAGCCAGAAUCCAAGUCUCCCCAGGAACUCCGCCUGUCACAGCGUUCCAACCAUGUAAUCAGAAGAGUAUGAUGAAAGCACCAUGAAAUGUGUGUGCAGUCUGGUGCCAUCCUCUUUCCUGUUGCUCUCAGGAUUAGUUGCGCCAGGUAUAUUUUCUAAUUGUGUCCAGUUUUAGGAGGAAGCCUCUGUGUCUUCUCUCAUGCCGCCAUCUUUAAUCCCUCCAUUUUCUCUUUCUUUCACCAUACUGUUUUGUUAUAUUAGGGAAUGUAUUUGUGAAAACAAUCAAUGACACCAAUCACCAUAACUAGAAAACUAGAUUAUUCCAGUAUUCUUUCAGUGGAGUAUACUAAACUUGCCUGGAAGUUGGUGUUAUCAUAAUAAUCAAAUUGCAUAUAGAGAAAAAUAUUAGCGGAUUCAUAGAUAGUGUUUACUUACAGAAGGAAUUAUACUCUUCAUAUCUUAAUUAUCUGUUGGGAGCAAACCUGUGGGCCUUUAGGCAGACUCGGUCACAAAAGCCUUAAGACAACAGCAACAUUUGAGUGAAGUCUUUCCUGUAAAGUCAGCAACAAUGAAUCCAUCCACGCAUUAGAAACAAGUUUUCCCCUAUUACCAAGAAACGCAUUUAGUGAACUUCUAGGUUAGAGCUAGUGGUUAGGUUACCUCACAACAUGUGCAUUUCUAGGUUAGAGCUUGUGGUUAGGCUACCUUGCAACAUGUGCUUUUUCUGUCCUUUGUUAAUCAAGAAACACCCUCUGCCCCAGGGGAAAGCCCCUCCCUUAAAAUCUCCCUCCCAAGGGCCCCCACCCCCAAAAUGGCGAACUCCCCACUUCUCUUCCGAGUCCUCCGUUCCCGCCGGUGCCAACCAAGACCCAAUCACCCCUCUACACCUCCCCGCCGGCGCCACCUAAGGUCCUAUUAUCUACUGACCCACCCCUUACUUGCUAAUCUGUAUAAAUUGAGCCUGCAAACAAUAAACUGUGCCAGC